AUGGAGAGAGUCACCUACACGGAGCUCAUAAAGAUGUGCAUCGUAGAUCCGGCCUCGGGCCUCCUCCUCCUGCCCCUGCACAUCACGUUCCCGGGGCUGUCCCGGGGCUGGGAGGGCGGGACCAUCACUGGAUACAGGGAUCCCUACAGCGGAGAAAUGCUCUCUCUGUUCCAAGCCAUCAGGAAGGGCUUUGUCCCCAAGGAUCAUGGCAUUUGCCUCCUGGAGGCUCAGAUGGCCACGGGAGGUAUAAUUGCUCCGGGCAGGCACCUCCGUGUCCCCGCAGAGAUGGCGUGCAAAUGGGGGUACCUGGACGAGGCCACAAGACAGCUCCUCUCCAGCCCUACCAAUGACAUGAAAGGGUUCUUCGACCCUAUCUCCAAGGAGAAGCUGAUCUACGCCGACCUGCUCCAGCGCUGUGUCACUGAUCCCAACACGGGGCUCCUUCUGCUGCCCCUUGGUGGAGAGAGCGGAGAAGGAUCCCAGGGAACCCACCUCUUCUUUGACCACAGGACCCAAACGGCUCUGGAAAACACAGAGGUGCACAUUGCUUUGGGUAAAUUCAAGGGAAAGUCGGUGUCUCUCUGGAAACUGCUCUUCUCAGACUACAUCCAGAGUGAGCAAAGAGCUGCCCUCAGCCAGCAGUACCUCGCGGGAACGCUCUCUGCGCAAGAGUUGGGUGAGGCAGUCAGUGCUGCCAUCCAGGAAACGGCUUCCACCACUAACGUCACCUUCGAAGGACUGAGGGAGCGAGUGACAGCUGACCAGCUCCUGAGCUCUGAGAUCAUCAACAAAGAUCUGUUCAAGAAACUGAAGGAGGGAGAAACAUCAGCCAAAGAAGUCGUCAGCAUGGACACCGUCAAGAAGUACCUGCAAGGGACGGGUAGCAUCGGUGGGCUCCUGCUCCCUGACUCCCAGGAGAAGAUCAGCAUCUACCAGGCGAAGCGGAAAGGACUUUUGAGGCCAGGAACGUCUCUGAUCCUGCUGGAGGCACAGGCUGCUACUGGCUUUAUCAUUGACCCAGCGGCCAACAAAAGGUAUUCCGUGGACGAGGCGUUAAGAGCGAAUGUCAUCGGCCCAGAUGUUUACGACAAGCUGCUGGCUGCAGAGAAAUCGGUCACCGGCUACAGGGAUCCUUACUCAGGGAACAAGAUCUCCCUCUUCCAGGCCAUGACGAAGGAGCUCAUUGUGAAGGAACACGCCAUCCGCCUCCUCGAGGCCCAGAUCGCCACUGGCGGCAUCAUCGACCCCGUCAACAGCCACCGCAUCCCCGUGGAGGUGGCCUACCGGCGCGGCUACUUCGACAAGAAGAUGAACUUAAUCCUUUCUGACCCCAGCGAUGACACCAAGGGCUUCUUCGACCCCAACACCCACGAGAACCUCACCUACCUGCAGCUGAAGGAGAAGUGCAUCACAGAGCCAUCCACCGGGCUCUGCCUCCUUCCUCUGAACAGCAGAAAGCGCCAGUUCAUCGACGAGGCCACCAGACGGGUGUUCAGGAGCUCCUGGCUGCCUUACUUCAGCGAGGGAAGGCGCCGAGAGAUAUUCAACCAUUACCAGCUGAGGAAGCUCACCCUGGAGCAAAUCCGAGUCAUGUUGGAGGAGGAAAUGAAAAAAUGGGUCCCCAUCAAGUUCCCAGCCCUGAGAGGCAGCGUCAGCGCUUACCACCUGGUGGAAACAGGCGUCAUCGACAAGGCCCUGUUUGAGAAGGUAUUGGAGGGAUCCGUCACGCCAGAGGAAGUCCUGCACAUGGACUCCGUCAGGAAGUACCUCUAUGGUUCCGGCAGCAUCGGAGGGAUUAGGCCCAGCACAGACUUCAUCAUGGACCCGGUGAACAACCAGAAACUCUGCGUGGAUGAUGCCGUCAAGGAGGGGGUCAUUGGGCCAGAGGUCCACGAGAAGCUGCAGCAUGCAGAAGGGGCUGUGACAGGCUACAAAGACCCUUUCACAGGCGAGAAGAUACCCCUGUUCCAGGCGAUGAAGAAGGGCCUGAUUGCUGACAAACAGGCCAUGCAGUUGAUGGAGGUACAGAUGGCUACAGGAGGCAUCAUUGACCCAACGUGUGGCCACCAUAUCCCCACAGAGUCUGCCCAGAAGCGAGGGUGCCUGGAUGAGGACACAAGCAAGGCCCUUUCUAAGCCCACCGAAGACAACAGGGCCUUCUGUGCCCCGGACAGCAAAGAGACCGUGACCUACGCCGAGCUCAUCAAGCGCUGCCAGAAGGACGAGGUUGCCGGCUUCCUUUUUUGGCAGCGGCUCCUGCCUACACCGAGGAACAAAUCCAACGGAUCUUCAAGGAAACUGUGGUGA